ACUUUUUGCUUGUUUUGCAGAUGAAAGUUGUUUCACAAAUGGGUUUAUGGACACCCAAAUUGACUGGAUACCUGGAAUUAAGAAUAUCUUGUUUAGAGAUCUUCCUACUUUUGUUCGAACAACGGAUCCUAAUGAUCCCAUAUUGAACUUUGCUUUAAAAGUAGUUGCCGGAACUUAUGAAGCUACGGCAUUGGUUUUCAAUACUUUUGAUGAGUUAGAUGUGGAGUUAUUGGAUGCAUUCAAGUCACAGUUAUCACUGCCUCCAAUUUACACCAUUGGUCCUAUUCACAAUCUCCACAAUCAGAUUCCAAAUCAUCAAUUGCAGUCUAUCGGAUCAAAUCUAUGGAAAGAAGAAACCAAAUGUCUAGAAUGGCUGGAGUCCAAGAAACCUGAUUCAGUCUUGUACGUAAAUUUUGGCAGCAUAGCUGUUAUGACUGCUCAACAACUGGUAGAAUUUGCUUGGGGGCUGGCUAAUACUAAACACACUUUCUUAUGGAUCAUCCGACCCGAUCUGGUAGUUGGUGAGUCAGCAAUGCUCCCCCCUGAGUUCAUAGAAGAAACCAAAGAAAGAGGUAUGCUCGCAAGUUGGUGUCCACAGGAAUACGUACUGAGUCACCCAUCCGUAGCUGGUUUCUUAACACACUGUGGUUGGAAUUCAAGUUUAGAAAGCUUAUCUAAUGGAGUUCCUAUGAUCUGCUGGCCAUUUUUCGCAGAUCAACAAACAAAUUGCAGCUACUUAUGUAACCAUUGGGGAGUUGGAAUGGAGAUUGAUAAUAAGGUGAAGAGAAAUGAAGUUGAAAAGCUAGUGAGAGAGUUAAUGGAAGGAGAAAUCGGGAAUGAGAUGAAGAGCAAAGCCAUGGAGUGGAAGAAGAAAGCCGAAGUGGCCACAUCACCCGGUGGCUCUUCUUACACUAAUAUUGACGAGAUAAUUAACAAACUACUCCGGGAGUGUAAAAUCACUGCCGAGUGAAUAAUGUUAAGUUCUUAGCUACCAGUACUAGACCCGUCCUCGGUCCUUUGUUAAGCUACUUGCAAAAUUUCAUUCCAAUAAAAGCAAUCAUGUAUAUGCGUCU